AACUCCUCAGUCACUUCCGCUUUCAGUCCAGCUGUCAGCGUGGCUCCGCCCACAGCGGUGAGCUGGCAGCCAGGCCGGCCGCUCACCGGAGCUACCCCGGAAAGGAAAUCAAACAGACCCACUGGGACUGGGCUACGUCAGCGCGAGCGGGGUCACGUGACUUCAUCAGCAUGGCGGAGGGUGACCAGACGGCCGACGAAGGGGUGGUGCACAGAGUGCGGUCUGUGGCUGGCGUCCUCCCUCUGACCAGCCGCCUGUGGAGCUACGUGGAGAACACCAUCAGGUGGUGCUGGAUCCCUAACUGGCUGCCAUCAUGGUGUCCCACCUCUCAGAGGCAGCUGAAGGCUGCAGAGGAUCACAUGCUGCGCUGUGUCAGCGUGGAAUUCACCAAACAGUUUAUUCCCAUAUCCCGUGGCAACGCCUUGUGGACGCUGACAUUUACCAAAGACACUGUUAAAGAUAAAACCCCUGUAGUUCUGCUGCACGGGUUUGGAGGUGGAGUGGGUCUCUGGGCCCAGAACCUGGAAGCCCUGGCAGAGCAUCACCUGGUCUAUGCCCUGGACCUCCUGGGCUUUGGUCAGAGCUCCAGGCCUGUGUUCUCUACGGACCCUCAGGAAGCAGAAACUGAAUUUGUUGAGUCUAUGGAAGAGUGGAGGGCCAAAGUGGGUUUGGAGUCCAUGAUUCUCCUGGGCCACAACCUGGGAGGAUUCCUGUCUGUGUCCUACUCUAUUGCAUACCCAGGCAGAGUGAAACGUAUCAUACUGGUGGAGCCGUGGGGUUUCCCUGAGUUUCAGGAGACGCUGGAAGCAGACCGACCCGUUCCUGUGUGGAUCAAAGCCUUGGGAGCAAUGUUCAGCCCCUUCAACCCUCUGGCCGGCCUCAGACUGGUUGGACCCCUCGGUCCUACUCUGGUGCAGACUAUGAGACCGGACUUCAAGAAGAAGUUCUCCUCCAUUUUUUCAGACAACACUGUGUCAGAGUAUAUCUACCACCUAAACGUCCAGUCUCCCAGUGGAGAAACUGCUUUUAAGAGCAUGACGGGUUCCUGUGGCUGGGCCAAGAGGCCGAUGCUUCAGAGGUUGCACCAGCUACCGCCCGACAUUCCCAUCUCUAUCAUCUACGGCUCCCGCUCCAGCAUAGACAGCGACUCGGCCAGUGCCAUCCAGCAGGAGAGAACAGAUGUGGACAUUGUUGUGAGUAAACACUUCUAUUGUCAUCCCCAGUAUAACCAGUUCAGUUUAUAACCAGCAGGUCUGCAU